AUUCAAAAAGCUGGGUUUCAUUAGAUUGAAAAAAGUUCCAAAAUUUGAAAUAAUAAAUUAUUUAAAAAAAAUGAAACAACUUUUUAUAUCAAUGUUAGAGGUAGUACAUCUUAUUCUGAUUUAUUUGAUACAUUUUAACAUUUUAAUUUUAAUGAUACGCAAAUUGUAGAAUAACUUUAUAACAUGACUCGUGAAUUGACCUAUCUCGUGGACCGUAGCAGAAGUUUUAAAUUUACGUUGUUGAAGCGAUUUCUUGUUUGGCAUUGACAACUACUAACAUUAGGUGUAGAUAUUAUUUAUAUACGUAACGUGUUUUUCGGUAUUAACUUUCUUAGUUAAUAACGAAACAAACAAUUUAUGUUGUGAGCAGUAAAAUGUCAUUGAACUCGGUUCAAAAUUGAAUGAUUAAAUGUUCUUUUUCAUAAUUUUCAUUAAGAUGUUUUGAUCAACAUGAAUUUACAUAUUUAAAAUGACAGAAGAUUAUUUUUGUGCAGAAAUUUAUUAUGACGUAUAUAUCAGAAAAAUAUAUUGAACUAGUCACAAAGACUGAAUUUGAUAGGAGAUAGUACCAGCAUGAAACUGGUAGGAUAUUGGAUUUUGGUUCAACAUUUCUUGUUAUUAAACGUAAUUGGUACAUUGUGCAAUAAUACAACAGAGUCAUUGAUAAAUUUAAAAUAUACAAUAUCAUCGGAAAAUGUUGAUCAUCAGUAUAUUGUUCAAUUCAAAGGUUAUUACAAUAAGAAAGCAAGAGAAAAGUUUAUUAGUUAUGCCUUGGCUAAGUCACAACCACAGAAGUGGAAGAUAAUAGAACGUAAUAAUUUUUCCUUAAAAUAUCCAAGUGAUUUUGACAUUAUUGAAAUUGAAGAAGAUAAAGUUGAUAUCUUGGAUGCUUUGAAAAGACACCCAUUAAUCAAACAAGUAACUCCAGAAAAAUUAAUUAAAAAAAAACCAAAAUAUUAUUCAAAAGAAAAUGAAUUUUUUGAAAAAUCAACACAGGAAAAUGAUAAUGAAAGAAGUAAAGUUGAAGAUUAUCAAAAAUAUAUUGAUAGAAAAUUAUUUGGAAAAGUAUCAACUAAAAUUACCACUGUACUGCAUGCAGAAUCCCUGUGGAAAAAAGGAAUAACAGGCAAAGGUGUUAAGGUAGCAGUUUUUGAUACUGGAUUAGCUGCAAAUCAUCCACAUUUUAAACAUAUAAAAGAACGAACUAACUGGACCAAUGAAAAAACUCUCAAUGAUUUACUCGGUCAUGGCACUUUUGUAGCUGGCGUCAUUGCAUCUUCAUAUCCAAGUUGCAAAGGAUUGGCUCCAGAUGUAGAUUUGUACAUUUUUAGAGUAUUUACAAAUUCUAAAAUAUCUUAUACAUCAUGGUUCCUGGAUGCUUUCAAUUAUGCAAUGCUUUUAAAAAUCAAAAUUCUCAAUCUUAGCAUUGGUGGCCCAGACUUUUUAGAUCAGCCCUUUGUAGAUAAAGUUUGGGAACUCACUGCAAAUGGAAUUAUCAUGAUUUCAGCCAUUGGUAAUGAUGGACCGAUUUACGGAACUUUGAACAAUCCGGCUGAUCAAAUGGAUGUCAUUGGCGUUGGAGGUAUAACUUGGGAUAAUCAAGUAGCUGGGUUUUCUUCACGCGGAAUGACAACAUGGGAACUACCAGCUGGCUAUGGAAGAGUUAAACCCGAUCUCGUUACUUUCGGAUCGGUUGUCAGUGGUUCAAGUUUGACUCAUGGCUGUCGGCUCAUGUCGGGUACAUCGGUUGCGAGUCCUGUUGUGACAGGCGCUGUAGCUUUAUUAACCAGUGCUUUUCUCUUUCCUAAUGGUUCUUUUCAUCAUAAAAUAACACCUGCAAGCGUUAAGCAAGCUUUGAUGGAAACAGCAACGAAGUUGCCGAAUAUUGGGAUGUUUGAGCAAGGUGCUGGGCGUUUGGAUCUUUUGAGUGCUUAUAAUUAUUUGAAUUCUUACGUUCCCAAAGUUACACUUAGUCCAAGCUACAUAGAUUUAACAGAAUGUCAAUAUAUGUGGCCUUAUUGCACUCAAGCCAUGUACCACACGGGAAUGCCGACAAUAAUCAACGUAACAAUCACUAAUGGAUUGGAUGUUUUCGGUAAAGUUAAAUAUGCCACCUGGCAUCCUCACGCUUAUAAUGCUGAUAGCGAUGAGAACAUUCAAGUUACCUUAACAUACAGCGAGCAUCUUUGGCCUUGGUCCGGCUGGCUCGCCGUGGCUAUAAUUGUUCCCGAAUCUUUGAAAAAUUACAGAGGAGUAGCACAAGGAAUGAUUAAAGUCGUCGUUCAGUCGGAAACGUACGAAGGUAUCAAAACUGCCACGGCAAGGUUGCCGGUUCAGGUGAAAGUCAUACCUACUCCGCCAAGGCAAAAACGCAUUUUAUGGGACCAGUACCACAAUUUGAGGUACCCAUCUGGAUACUUUCCUCGAGACGAUUUGGAAAGAAAAGAAGAACCUUUAGAUUGGAAUGGAGAUCACAUUCAUACAAAUUUUAAAGAUCUGUAUCAACAUUUACGGAGUGGAGGCUAUUAUUUAGAAGUACUAGGGACCCCAUUUACAUGCUUUGACGCGAAGAAUUAUGGUUCUCUCUUAAUUGUAGACCCAGAGGAAGAAUUUUUUCCCGAAGAAAUAGAAAAAUUAAAGAAAGACGUUGAAGAAGGCUUAUCCGUCAUAGUAUUUGCCGAUUGGUAUAAUGUCUCCGUAAUGUACAAGGUAAAAAUCUAUGACGAAAACACUAAGCAAUGGUGGAUACCAGAUACGGGAGGAGCCAACAUUCCUGCAUUGAAUGAUCUUUUGUUUCCAAACUGGGGUAUCGCCUUUGGAGAAAAAGUUUUAAGUGGUAAAUUAUUUUUGGGAGAAUACCCACCUAUACAUUUCUCAUCUGGGACGAGGAUUAUAAGGUUUCCUGAAAAAGGCUUCCUUCUUCACGCUGCCCUAAAAAAUUUAGGAGAAGAGCUGCUGACUGGAUACCCAGUUCAUACAACUACUUAUGAACCUGUUCUUGGAAUGUUUCAAACUAAAGAGAAAACGUCAAACGAUUCGCUUCAGUCAGGCAAAAUCAUCGUUUAUGGCGAUUCGAGUUGUCUUGAUGCUAUCUGUAAACACAAACCGAGCUGUUUUUGGAUGCUUGAUGCUAUACUGCAGUAUACCACAACUGGGCGUAUUCCAUCGGUUUUUAUUAACGAACAAGAACGCUUAAAGCACAAGUAUAAUACAGUUGUUUCGGACAACAUGGAUUUACCAAUACGCUCAAAAGACAGUCGGUUAAGUAUUCACAGUAAGGUUUUGAAACCUUCAAAGGGAGCUAAUAUUUACAACUCUCUUCCUGCAUGUCCAAUACAUUCGGUGGCCUUUACGCCACAUAUAAAUCAAGGACGUUUAAGGUUUAUCAAUUACAGAUAUGCGUACAAUAUUCAAAAUGCCACAAACGUACAAAGUGUUUCCACCGAAAGUGACGAUGCUUUAACGUCAUUUGACUUUUUAAAUCGACGACGAGUCGGACGGAUUAUAAUUGACUCGAUAGAAACAGUAGAUAAGGAAUCUGGUGCCCAAAAAAGUUUGAAUUGGAAUCCGAAAGAAUUUCAAAGUGACGUCUCUUCUGGUGACCAUUACAAAAAAUAUUUGUUUAUUUUUAUAACCCUUUUUGUUUUUGUUUUUGCUGCUUAUGUGUGGAGGCGUUCGAUAAGGCGUUCGAGAAUAGUUGGAAAAUGUAAAAAAUUUGUGAAUACUUGUAGCUGUUAAAUUACAUGGUGAUAAUUGUAUUUUUGUGUGAUUGUUUGAGUGGAUGCGAGUGUGGUGUGUGUAGGUAAAUAAACUUAUUACAUAUUUUGAAA